AUGGAGACCAGAGCCAUGCUUGGCGCCCCGUGGUCAGCCGCAGAAGGCGGCGACGGCGUGGCUGAUCCAGACCGUCUGUACACGAGAAGUUUGAGAGAGGAUCUGGAAGAAGCACGCGACAAAUUGUUGAAACUCAAGAAAAUGAAUGAGCUUUUGGAGGGGGAAAAUCAAGACCUACGACGCCGGCUGCUAUCUCAGCUGGUGAACUGUCCCGACGCAGCGGAGACCCGCGAGUUAGCGCGGCGGUACGGACCUGAACUUGCGCAUGCCUUCUCCAGUUUGUCUGACGAGAACAAGUAUCUGAAGGUGAAGCUGCAGAGCUCUCAACGAGCCGAGGUGCGCGCAGAGAUUCGUGCGGAGCAGCUCGCGAACGCUCUGAGAUCCGACGAAGAAAAACGCUACGCCUUCGGCCUCGCUCGGGAUGCAGCGAGAGGCAGCAUUUCAAGCAAGGUUGCGAUGCUCGAAGCCGGCUGCUUGGGCUCCAGCGCCCGAGGCGACGUUGGAGACAGUCCGGUGUUUCGAGGCGAGGACGUACCGGGACCUGUGGCCGUGCUGAGGGACAACAAACACCUGCGCUUGCGAGCCGACGCCAACGAACACUGUCUCUGCACAGAGAAGCUUCAGGAGCUGAUGGACUCGCUCGACGACAACCUGAAGUCCUACGAGCGAAAUGUCUGGCAACUUCAAGUCAACGUCCUCGAAGACGAGAGAACCGAACUGCAAAUGAAGGUAGCAAAUCUCAGCGAGCGCCUCACCGAAAUUCAAUCGAAAAUCAUGAACGAUCCUUUUCUGUCAGCCAAAUACGCAGCAGCAGGGACUCCAGGUGCAGUUCCAAAUGCACAGACUCAGCUGAGAGAAGCUUCUGCCAGGCUCGCGCUCGCGGAAAGUGUAAACGCGGAAUUAGAGAGACGCCUCGCGUUCGAGCGUAGCAUCUCUCGAAGUUGGCAGACGAAUCUCCGAGCAAUGCAACGCGAGCUCCGAGAACACCUCGCGAGUCUCGCACUCGCUUCUAGAAAAAGCGGCAUGAGUUGCGACCUGUUUCGUGGUGGAAUUCUUCAAGCUGCAGAAGCAGCUGCGAGGCGAGACUUGGCCGGAGUGCCCGGCUGUGAGAGAGAGUCUCUACGUCUCCUUCGUCAGGCUGCAGACCGAAUCGAUUCAGAUGCCAAGCGACUCGAAGUGUAUUCGUCGCGGAUUGCGGAGCUGGAGAGAGAAGUGAAAGAUCUGCGGUUCUCAAACACGAGGUUGGCCGAGAGUACGACGCGAGUGUGCGCGCGCAGCGUGGAUCCCGUGGAGUCUCUGUCGGUCUUCCCGCCUGUUUGUGAUGUCUGUCCGCGCGUCUCGUCAGUCGACCCUGGCGACGCUCUCCGUUCUGGGCUCCUCUUUGCUAGGCAGAUGCUCGCGGAUCGCCUUGUCUGCAAAGACAUGCUCCACGAGAUCGACAACCGGCGAAAGGAACUCCGCGAGCGGGAAGCCGCGCUCGGAUUCUCGCAUGCAGCUCUCAACUGUCUGCGAGCAGUGCCAGCAGACGUCUACGGCAUGAAGCGACGGAAGCGGCAGGAGGAAAACAGAGAAAACCACCGGCGAGAGAGCGAGAGCGAGAGUCUCGACGACGACGUCGAGGAGGCAGAGACAGUGCGCAUGCGUGUCAGUGAAUCGGCCUGGUCGCAGGACCGCGACCGACUCCUCGUUAGACAGGUGGAGCUUCUGAGACGCCUGGCGGGGGGCGAAGCAAAGCUCAGAUUUCCGCGGACCGGUGCCAUCGAGGAAGCCGAGCUCGGGGAGGAACGCGAGAAGCGGCGCAAGAAGAAGAAGAAGCGACUCGAGGGAUACAAAGAGAAGGGCCGAGAGGACGCCUCCUACCGCCUGUCGCCUGAGGUGGAGGCGCUGAUGCAGAGCACCGAGGCGUCGCUCCGCGACGAGGUUGCUGACAUCAAGGAGAAGGCAGAAGCGGAGACUGAGAGAAAAGCCGAGAAAGAGAGACUUAUGUGGGAAGUGAAGAAGGCGCGGGAGCAGGCCUCUCGCGAAAUGCGCAAGCAAAUGGAAGAAAUGAGGAAGCAGAUGGAGAAGGAGAAACGCGAGCUGGUUAGACGCCUGGAGGAGGAGAAACUGAGACACAGAGAGGCCUUGGAGGCAGAAGAGAAGAGAGAAAAGGAAAGAAGACGCGAGCGACAGAAGGCAGAAGAAGCGUUCUGGCGAGAACGCGAGGAGCGAAGGAAGAAAGCCGAAGAAGACGAGGAACGGAGGAGACGAGAGCGAGAAGAAGAAGACGCAAGACUGCGCGCAGAGCGAGAGCGACGCUUCCAAGAAGAAGAAGAAGAACGAGAGCAACGACGGCAACAGCGAAUUCGAGAAGAAGACGAGGAGCGACGGAUGCGUGAAGAACGCAGACGGAGAGAAGAAGCAGAAGAGGAAGAGAGGAGACAGAGAAGGAAAGAAGAGGAGGAACGCGACGCUGAGCGGCGCAGACACAUGCUAGAGAAGGAAGAAGAAGACAGGAGACGCAAGAAAGAGAUCGAGGAAGCCGAUAAAGAAGCGCGAAGAAGAAAGCAGGCAGUUGAAGAGGAAGAGAGAAGACGGAAGAAGCGAGCUGAAGAAGAAGAGGAAGAAGAGAGGAGGAGAAAGAAGCGAGCUGAAGAAGAAGAGGAAGAAGAGAGGAGAAGAAAGAAGAGAGCCGAAGAAGAAGAGGAAGAAGAGAGGAGAAGAAAGAAGCGAGCUGAAGAGGAGGAAGAAGACAGACAAAGGAGGUUGAGAGAAGCGAACGAGAGUGCUCAAAAAGAGGAAGACAGUGUAAAAAACGAAACAGCUUCUUCCCCUCCACACACUGACAACAUUUCUACAACAAGGCAAGAAGAACCGGGACGCGAGGCGACAGCAGAUGCAUCAGACGGUCAGCCUCCACGUUCUCUAGGGCGCUUGGCGAAGCGGAAUGCGUCUCUAGCAACUUCAAUUGCCCCGGUGAAGAUGGCAGAGGUUGCAGACCUUGCUGAGAAUCCAGCUGUCGCUGCUUCGACUUCCUCAGGUGCUGGGGAAGGCGACUUGAGCGACAGUGAGACUGAGAGUGUGACGAAUGCCUCGUACUCUCCUCGAACGGCGUUGAAACACAAGAUCCUCGACAAGUACAACAGUCUCGCGAACGCCUUCAAGUACAUGGACACUCGGCGAGUAGGCUCGGUUACGCUACACCAAUUCGCGGACUUCGUAGACGAAUCGGGUCUCGACUACCCUUUUUCUACAGUUCACAGCCUUUACUGUCAGCUUUCACAGCCUGCAGAUACGCUCACGGAAGGCCUGAUGUACAGAAACAUGGAUGGUGACGCCACCCUUGUGCAGUUGGGAAGACGCCUUGAGGAUAUUUAUGGAAAUAUGGGAGUUCCUUUCGAGGCAGAAGGCAUUGGCCCUACGGGGCGCGUUACGAGAGAAGCCUUCUACCGCGUGUGUACCAAGGCUGGUCUGACUGCGGAAAAUUCGCAUGCACUCUGGAACUCCAUCGAUCUCCUCGGCAGCGGGCAUCUGCAGAUGGAAAGUCUUCUUCUGCUUCUGGAAGACAACGUCGAGUUGGAGGAAGUGAAGAGAGUCGAGGAAGAAAUUGCCAACAUGGAAGGAGGCUUCAUGAGCUUCUUCGGGCAAACAGGUCCAGUCCCGUCGCCGCAGCCAAAGCACAAGCGUCACGAGUCGUGUGGUCGUCCUCUGGCUUUGACGAGGAAGCUGUCUCUCGGCUUCACUGAGGCGGAGGCCGCGAUUGACAAUGUUCUAGAAGCGGAUUCGCACUGGGACGUUCUGUUUCCUCUCACGCGACUUGCGAUGAUCAAGCAAAUGCAGAAAACGGUCUACCAGCCUGGCGAACGCAUUCAAGAGGCACAAGACAACGCCUGCCCGCUCUACAUCGUCAUGACGGGCAGCAUUCAACUUCUCUCGCCAGGUCUUCUGAUGGAGACCGUCGCCGAAGAGAAGAGUGCGCCUCAACUUUUGUUCAGCGAAGAGAUGCUGGAGGACAAGCCGAAUCCCUUCGCCGUGAAGGCUCUGACGGCAACCAAAGUGUUUGCCUACAGUCGCGAGGACUUCGUGCGAAGCGUAAAGCACGAGCAGAUCAAGCGAACGCGAGAUGUCGCUACGAACAUGGCCCUGAUUAAAAUUGUUCCAGUUCUCAGCAAGCUGACAGAGGUCCAGGCUAGGCGUCUUGCGAGGACCUUUGGAGAGGAAACGUUUGAGGAUGGCGAAGCCAUCUUCAAGGAGUUUGACGAGCCCGACAACUUUUACUUGGUGAAGAAGGGAGAGGCAGCAGUCGUGAAAUACAAGAAAGACCCCACUACGAAGGAAAUGGAAGAAGUCGUUUUCCGGAUCUACCAACCUGGAGAAUACUUUGGAGAAAUCUCCAUUCUCCGAGACCAGACAAGAACAGCAACUGUGAAAGCAAGAGGCAUCUGCACCGUUUUGUCGUUGCCGAAGGAAGACUUUAAUUCGCAGUUGCGGAGAUUCGAGGCGGCGUUUAUCGGCCGGGCAGGUCGCGUCUACACAGCUCAAGGGCACGUGGACAAAGACAAGAAACCGAAAAAAGAAAAGGAGACUCUCCCCACAUCGGUUGAAGAGCCUGAAGAGCCGACGGACGGCGCGUCGAUCGAGGAGACCAGCGCCGACAGUCAAUCCAGAGAGGGUCUGGGACAAACCAUCGAGGACAUGUUGGCGACGGAACAGACCAAGCUCCGCGACGAAUGCAUGCUCUUGCUGGAGGGGGUGCCCGUUUUGAAGGAACUGUCGUUGGAGCGACGAAAAGAGAUCGUGAAGGCCAUGUCACUCGAAUGCUUCUACCCCAACACACCCAUCAUUCUUCAAGGCGAAGAGUCGCAGAAUUUCUACGUCCUCAAAACAGGCACAGUCGCUGCGGAGUUGUACGUCGGGCCAGGGAAGCCGUUUCGGAAAAUCAAGGAGUACAACUCGACAUGUUAUUUUGGAGAAAUGUCCAUCAUCAAAAACGAGCCGAGAGGGUGCUACAUCACUGCCAAGUCGCCCGUGCAGUUGUAUUCGUUGACCGGCGAGAAGUUCAAGGAGCUUUUGGAGGACUGCUACCCCGCAUUCCAGGAGUACGCACAGGCGCAGUACGAGCAGGAGACGCUGAAACGGCAAGCUUCGUCGCAGCUUGUUUCCUCUGAAGCCGUACGAGAAGAGCCUACAGCAGAUUACGGUGAAAUCAUGAACUUGUUGGUCCAGGUCCCUGUCAUCAACAUGUUGGACGAGGAUGCUCUCCAGCAGCUCACCCGAGCGUUUAAGGUGGAGUGCUACCAAGAGCGAGAAGUCAUCAUCCACGAGGGGACGCCGGCGGAACAUUUCUUCAUCAUCUUUUCCGGAGACGUUUCUGUGCAAAAGAUCGUCGAUGGAGCCCCCGUCGAAAUCGUCGUCCUGCAUGCUGGCGAAUACUUGGGAGAAAUCGCCUUCCUCAACGAACAACCACGAACAGCCAGCUGCGUCGCCAAAAGCGAUGUCAAGCUUCUGUCACUUACGCGAAGUGACUUCCAGGUGCAUCUCGGGGCGCUGCAAGACGCGUUUCUCAACCAAGCAGAGUCGAAGUACGCCGCCUCCAAAGAUGAGGCAAUUCCAGACUGGCUGGUGGAGGCAGGGGAACAGGGUGCGCUCUACGAUCCGUCGGGAAGCAAGAAGACAGAGGAUGAGGACGAGGAGCCUGACGGAGCAUUCCGCGGCACUGUCGACAUCGACAAAGAGAAAGAGAUGUACAACAAGAAAAGAGGACGGAAGGACAGCGACACGAGUCGUAAGAAAUCCGACGCGAGUGCAGACAAGACAGGAGAGGCGAAGGCAAGCGAUGCACAUCGCAAGAAGAGCGGGGAGACUCCGCCGGGCGACGGAGAGGAAGAAGCUGGAAAACCUGGAAACGACGAAGUCGCCGAAGUCGCGGCAGACACGAACACCGUAGAGAAGAAAAAGAAGAAGGCGAAGGAGAAGGAGAAGCAUGGCGGAGAGAGCGAGGAGACGGGGGGAGAGACGAAGAAGAAAGGGAAACAAAGUCAGGCGAAGCGACGAAUGUCUCUCGCAGGCGGCGCAGCUCUGCUCGCGGCUGCCGCAGCUGCAAAAGCAGCUGAGGGGGAACCAUCUCCAAACGAGAAGGAACAGGAAGAAAAGGAAGAGACGAAGGCAGGGGAAAUGGAAGAGAAGCAGGACAAGGAAGAGACUGCCGAAAAGGAGAAGAAGAAAGAGAAGAAGAAAAAGAAAAAGAAAGACGAGGACGAAGAUGCCGAAGACAAAGCUGCCGAAGAACAGCGCAUUGACGAGUUCCGCGACCUCGUGCGCGGGACUCUGAAGAACAAAUAUGGAUCGAUUGCCCAGGCUUUCCAGCAGAUCGACGGAAACAACUCUGAGAUCGUUGAUUUCGAUGAAUUCGCGGCGUUUGUAAAGGACCUGCGCGUGCAGUCUCUGAAGAAAAAAGAUAUCCAGGUCUUGUUCGACGACUUGUGCCAGCCACUGAAAGGCACUCUCACAGUCGCCAACUUGUACAGAAAUAUCGACAAGAAAGACCAGCUCAGCAAGGCCGAAAUCAAUCUGAGAUGGGUGGAAAUCUUCGGCGGGUCCCGGAAGGCCUUCAAAGCCGUCGCAAACCUCGGUGGUGGCGACGAAUGCACAGAAGAAAACUUCAUCAAUGUCGCCGCUGCGGCAGGCGUGUCUGAGGAGAAUGCGAAGUCGAUAUGGACGGAGCUGGAUAAGGCACAAACCGGGCAAAUGCACACCAAGGUCAUUUGCAGUUAUAUGGCAGGCGAGCUAACUGCGGAGGAAGCGGCCGCGAAGGAGGAAGAACUCGCCUCGCUCGGGACGCGUUUGUGGAACUUCUUCGGAGGCAGCGCAAGCGAUGACGAAAGCGCGUCUGCGAGCAGUCCGACGUCGCAGGGCGACGAGCAGAAGAUCCAAGAGGCGCUCAAGUGGGAAGACAUGGCCAUCGUUCAGCGCGACGACCACCGAACGUAUCCGACCUGCACGAAGCGGCUUGUCGACGUCCUGGAAAAGAAGGAAGGCUUCAUGAACCUUCAACUGCUGCAGCUGAGAUACGUCGCGUCGACCAUGAGACGCGAGUGCUUGGCCAAAGGCGUACGCGUGAUGGAGGCCGGCGACGAGGCCUGCAUGGUUUUUUGUGCAUGGGGCGAGUUCAAAAUUCUCCAGGCGGGGCUGUUCGGGGAGAGCGAGGUGGGAGUCGUCUGUCCCGACGAAUGUUUCGGUCUCUCCGAGUUGAUCAACGACUCGCCGCUAACCGCGUCGCUGGUGACGGAAGUCGACAACAGUGUGUUGUGGGUUCUCGAACGCGAUACCUACAACGACUUGAUUCGCGACAUGCUCGAGGCGCGUCGCGCCGUCGUGCCGGUAAUCGAGAACUUCCUCAAGUCGGUCCCGAUCGUCAAAGACAUGUCCGAGACGGAGAUCCAGAACGUCGCCAGAGCAUGCAAAAUCGAGACCUUCUCGCCGCACCAGACUGUCUUCCGCGCGGGCAUGGCGGGUGACAUGUUCUGCUUCAUCUUCAAGGGAGAAAUCACCAUGUUGAAACCCAUGGGUGCUGGGCAGGAACCGAUUGAACUCGGACGCCUCCAGGCAGGCGUCUACUUUGGAGAAAUGGCCGUCAUAAAAAACCAGCGACGCACGGCCUCGAUCAUCGCCGCCACGGACCUCACUCUCUUCUGCCUCGACAAAGGCAGCUUCGAGAGAGUCUUAGGACGCGUCAAAGGAAAAAUGAUCGAGCGUGCGGAGUCGCUUUACAAGAGACAAGAUGUGGCGACAACAGAUCCCAAGGAAGGCGAAGAAGGGAAUGCAGCGGCUUCGUCGGCAUCGGCUGCUGGUGCUGCAGAAAGCUUCGGUCCUGGAGAUCACUUCGAGAAGAAGCGAACGAGAAAAAGUUCCUUGGCUCUUUUGCAGUACACCAAGAUCCGCGAGGCCGGUCCGGCCGAGGGCGAAAGCGAGAAGAAGAGCAGCGAGGAAGACGAAGAAAGAGAGGCGCGGUGGGCCAUGGCGCAAGACCCAGAAAUUAUUCACCGCCCACCUCCUCUCAGCGCAGCCCCCAAGAAAUCUGCUCUCAGAACAACCUCAAGCAAAUCUGUCGGAAUCAAAAACUCCGUUUUCUUCGACGAGGAAACCCUCCUGCCGUCCCCACCAUCCUCAGAUGAGGGCGAGUAG